UACCUCUCAAUUAUAGUCCCCUGCUUUGACUUUAUACAAAAAACAAAACUCUCUAGUAGGAGUUUCCUUUCUUCUCCAGUUUGAGCUUUGGUUUCUUUAGCAGAAAAAAGAAAAUGGUUGUCACAGGUGAACAUAGCUUUGACAGAACAAGUGAAUUAAUAGCUUUUGAUAACACACAAGCUGGUGUUAAAGGAUUAGUUGAUGCAGGAGUUACAAAAGUCCCAAGAAUUUUCUACACACCAAAAGAUGCAUAUUCUAAUGAUCCUGAAAAAACCCAAUUCAAGAUUCCUGUUUUAGACUUGGAUUGCAUCAGUAAGAAUCCAGUUCAACGUAAAGAAAUAGUUGAAAAAAUCCGCGAUGCAUCUGAAGUGUGGGGUUUUUUUCAAGUGGUCAAUCAUGGUAUUUCUCAAAGUGUUUUGGAAGAAAUGUUGAAUGGUGUUAGGAGAUUUUAUGAGCAAGAUAUUGAGGUGAAGAAACAAUGGUAUACUAGGGACCCAUCGAAAAGAGUGGUGUAUAAUAGCAAUUUUGAUCUGUUUAGUGCUGCAUCAGCUAACUGGAGGGAUACUACUUACUGCAGUAUGGCUCCAAAGGCUCCUGCUGCUGAUGAAUUGCCGGAAGCUUGCAGGGAUAUCCUGAUUGAGUACUCAGAUCAAGUAAAGAAGUUAGGUCAUUCUUUAUUUGAGUUACUCUCCGAGGCCCUUGGCCUCAACCCGAGCUAUCUGAAUGACAUCGGUUGUUCAGAGGGGCUCGCUGUUUUGUGCCAUUAUUAUCCAGCAUGCCCUGAGCCAGAACUAACUCUUGGAGCUAGCAAGCAUUCAGACAGUGACUUCCUCACAGUACUAAUACAAGAUCAUAUUGGAGGCCUUCAGGUUCUUAAUAAGAAUCACUGGGUAGAUGUUCCUCCCGUGCCUGGUGCACUAGUAGUAAAUGUUGGUGAUCUUUUACAGCUCAUAACAAACGACAAGUUCAAGAGCAUUGCACACAGAGUACUGGCAAGUCGUGUUGGUCCAAGAGUAUCGGUAGCCUGUUUCUUUACCACCGGUCACUCGUUGUCAUCAAGAGUUUUUGGACCAAUUCAGGAGUUGUUAUCAGAAGAUAAUCCGGUGAGGUAUAGGGAAACUACUGUGAAGGAAUAUUCAGUACAUUAUGAUGCAACCGGGAUAGGAGGGAAAUCUCCCUUGUCAGAUUUUAGGAUCUGAAACAUUUGUUUGUCUGUAAAUGUUAGAUCCUACAAUCAGUUAUAUGUAACUGUUCUGCUUGGGACUUAGACAUAUGUAGAAGUGUGUCUACUGUGACUUUGAUUUGUA